CCACUAAAUCCCAUAGCCCAAGCCAGCAAACGGCACCAUUUGGGUUAACAGCCCAAGCCAGCAAGCGGCAUUUUCCUGCAAAGAGAUGUAGGAAACUCGAAAUGUACAACAAACACUUGCCUUCUCCUUGAAAAAAUCAAAGCUAAUUCUGCACUAAAUUGGAGAAAUACUAAGUGAGAUUUCCAACAAAGGAUAUUAAAAUCCGUAAAAAAGGCAUGUCGAAAUUGUGGGCGAGAUUUGCAGGAAUAUUCAGUAGCAAGAAUUUUAUAGGGAUAGAUAAAGCAGGCAAUCGUUAUUUUAAAAGAACAGAAGAGCUUGAUGGUGUCAUGAAGGAAAAGAGAUGGGUGACAUUCAAAGGAGAGGAAGAUCCAACCUCCAUUCCAGUUGAAUGGAUAUGUUGGUUGAAUGGACAACGGAAGAGUGCUCCAACUCCAGAGGAAAUGGCUGAGUUGGAGGCCAGAAGGGAAUUUGUUAAACUUAAUAUUGCUCGUCUCAAGAAGGAAGAGGAGGAAAGAAAGGCCAAAGAAGGCAAGCGGAAAGCCACAAACAUUGGUAAAGCUGAUGGCCCAGAUUUAAAGAGUUUCGUUCAACAAUUUCCAGAUGCUUCAGAAGGUGAUAAAACCGCAGAAACAUCUGAUACACAGAAUGAAAAAAGUUGCUACAGAUGUGUGGAAUAUGUUCCUCACUUUGUUUGGUUUGCAAUGGGUUAUACCUCGCACUGUCAGGGAAGUUUUGUCUGUUGGAGUUCUUGGAAAAUUGGGAAGGCCAUCAGAAGAAUCUGGUCUAUGGUCCCUGCUUGCAUUUUGUGGUGCUUAUGGUUGGAAAGGAACCAAAGAUGUUUUCAUGGUCGACAGAGCCAACUGGUUCCGGUGAAUCCUUUAGACCAGGAACAUGGCAACCUCCAACAUGAGAUCACUCAAACACAAUGGUAGCCUUUAUUUUUCUCUUGAUGUUCUAUUAUAGUCACCAGAUGACUGCAGAAGUUGAAGACAACGAAUUAAGGCCACAUAGUGUGGCAGUCUCAUUCUUUUUCCGCACGGAUUUUUGCUCAGAACUAUUGUUUCCGGCCUUCUUGUUUACCCGUUUCAGAGUCUUGCAGUUUUUGGUGGAACAAAAACUUUUCGAUGAGUAAUCCUCACCCUUUUUCCCUUAGAUGUACUGUAAAGUUCUGCUAUAAGGGUAAGUUCCUGACAGAAGCAAAAGGAAUAGAGUGCUAUAUAUUAGGAAUAUUAUACACUCCAGAGGCUCUCUUGCUUGUUUAGCCGACCUGUAUCUUGUGAAAAAUUACUCAGCUUUUCCAUCUAACAAUUUUGUGACUAAUUCGUGUUUUCGAUAAUUGUUUUCUAUGGAAGCUAAUUGUUUUCUAUGUAA